AUUCAGCCCACUAAAUAAUCUGCAGCCAUGAAGUGGGUAACGUUAAUUUCAUUUAUUUUCCUCUUUAGUUUUGCUGCAUCCAGGAAUCUGAGAAGAGUUGCUCGAGAGUCAGAGCACAAGAGUGAGAUUGCCCAUCGGUACAAUGAUUUGAAAGAAGAUACAUUUAAAGCAGUCACCAUGAUCACAUUUGCCCAGUAUCUCCAGAGAUGCUCUUAUGAGAAGCUCUCUGAGCUGGUGAAGGAUGUUGUUGACCUGGCACACAAGUGUGUGAGCCAUGAGGAUGCUCCUGAGUGCACAAAGUCACUGCCCACAAUUUUCCUGGAUGAAAUCUGCCACGUAGAAAAACUCCGGGACUCAUAUGGUGCAAUGGCAGACUGCUGUGACAAAGCUGAUCCUGAGCGAAACGAGUGUUUCUUGUCAUUUAAAGUUCACCAACCGGACUUCAUUCAGCCAUACCAAAGACCAGCUUCUGAUGUGAUAUGCAAGGAAUACCAAGACGACAGAGUGUUAUUUCUGGGACAUUUCAUCUAUUCGGUUGCAAGAAGAAACCCUUUCCUGUAUGCUCCUGCAAUCCUUAGCUUGGCUGCUGAUUACGAACACGCACUUCAAAGCUGUUGCAAAGAGAGUGACAUCGGUACUUGCUUGGAUGAAAAGGCAGCUGCCAUAAAAGAAAAAGCCAAGAAAAUAAGCAUCAAGCACAAAUAUUCCUGUGGAAUCCUCAAGAAGUUUGGAGAGAGAAUUUUCCAAGCAGAAAAUCUUGCUCGCCUUAGCCAAAAAUAUCCCAAGGCUCCAUUCGCAGAACUUCGUAAACUUACAGGUGAAGUUAAGGACAUUCACAAAGAGUGCUGUGAGGGGGACAUGGUGGAGUGCAUGGAUGACAGGGCAGAGCUUGUGAACUACGUGUGCUCUAAACACGAGGUUUUCUCAAGUAAAAUCAAAGACUGCUGCGAGAAACCAAUUGUGGAACGAAGCCAGUGUAUUAUGGAAGCAGAGUUUGAUGAGAAACCUGACAAUCUUCCUUCACUGGUUGACAGAUACAUACACGACAAGGAAGUGUGUAAACACUUUGAGGCUGACCACUCCUUAUUCAUGGCAGAGUUUCUUUACGAAUACUCAAGAAGACACCCAGAGUUCUCCAGUCAGCUACUUCUGAGAGUUGCUAAGGGCUAUGAAGAUCUCCUGGAAAAGUGCUGCAAAACUGACAAUCCAGCCGAAUGUUAUGGAAAUGCUGAAGAGGAAUUGAAAAAACAUAUUAAAGAAACUCAGGAUGUUGUAAAGACAAACUGUGAUCUUCUUACUGCCCAUAGUGAACCAGACUUCCUCAAAGAAAUUCUGAUCCGCUACACUAAGAAAAUGCCUCAGGUAUCAACUGAUACCUUGCUUGAAAUUGGAAAGAAAAUGACAGCUGUUGGUGUUAAGUGCUGCCAUCUUCCUGAAGAAAAACGCCUACCUUGCUCUGAGGGAUAUCUGAGCAUUGUGAUUCAGGAUAUGUGCAAGAGACAGGAGACCACACCGAUAAACGACAACGUUUCACACUGCUGCAGUGACUCCUAUGCUUACAGGAGACCAUGCUUCACUGCCUUGGGAACAGAUGACAAAUACGUGCCUCCACCAUUUAACCCUGAGAUGUUCAGCUUUGAUGAAAAAUUGUGCACUGCUUCUCCUGCUGAACAGCAAGUCAGCCAGAUGAAAUUGCUUAUCAACCUCAUCAAACGCAAGCCCCAGAUGACAGCAGAACAAAUAAAGACAAUUGCUGAUGGUUUCACUGCCAUGGUAGACAAGUGCUGCAAGCAAACAGACAUUGAUACGUGCUUUGGGGAAGAGGGUGCAAACCUAAUUGUCCAGAGCAGAGCCACAUUAGGAAUUGGAGGAGUUUAAUACAUGGAUGCCAGUGGGGAAGAUAAGAAGAUAAGAUGUUUCUGUGCAACUUCUGCUGCCCAUGACCUUUUUUCCUUGGUAUUGAAUGAAUGUUUCAUAGAUCUUCAGUGUUUUGUCAAACCAUGUGCUUUUCCAGAAACUUUCCAAUUCUAUUACUUUGAAAAAAAUGAAUAAUAAAUAAAAGCUUUAUAAAUCAA